AUGGUGCUUGGGUGGGUAACGGUCCCGCCUCCGGCUGCCCGGCGCCAGUCCCAGGAGCCUCGGGCCACCCGCUCUCCCUCGCGCGGCGCUCUGACUGCGGCGGGACGGCUGCCGGCCACCCCGCCCCUUGGCCCUGCCCCGCCCCUACAAGGCCUCGCCCCUAGGCCCGCCCCCGCCCCCUCUGUCCCACCCCUCCCUACGGACCGGCUCCGCCCCCUGGCUGAACUCCUUUCGGGUUUCGCACAACAGAUGCCUCACACGCGCCCUCUGCAGCCUAAGAAGGUGCAGCCGCGAGGGCGGCCCCGCGGCCCGGAAGCGACCAACUGCUCCAACCUUCGGCCACGGCGACCUACUGCGUCAGCCGGUUUCCGCGCAGCUGUUAGCAGAGGAGCGUUCCAAAAGCUGACCCUUCGGUUAAUGAAAGCGGGCCUCAUGGGACUUCAGUUGAGUUAUAGGCCUGGAAGGAAACACAGGUGGUGGAGGUGGAUCAUGAGAAGCCCAGCAGCUAGAAAGCAGUGAGCACAAAAUGACCCAUGGGUACCUUGUCCUGGUUACUCGUUGCUCCCAGGGGCCACCAGGAGUCUCCUUUGGAUCCUACUUCUGAUG